CAAGGAUAUGAACCAAAUGAAUUAAAAAAGAUUAUUAUUUAAAAAUUUUUAGUAAGCUUUAAUUAAUUUAAAAAACGUUCAAACUACUUUAUAAGAUAGACUAGUGUUAAAUUAGAAUAAAUGAGCAAUAUUAUAAAAGUAUUUGACAUAUUUUCAAUGCCUUUUGCAUUCAAUUUAAAGGAAAAGGAAUAUAAAAGAAAGACAUUAGUUGGAGGCAUUAUUUCUUUAGUUAUUAUUUCGAUAUCAGCUAUUUAUUUUGGCUACUUAUGCUAUCUUUAUUUUAAUAAUUACAUUAAUCCAACUAUUAAUGAAACCUACCAAACAAUUGAUUACGACUUUUCUAUGCCUAUAAGUAAUAAUUAAAUGGCUUUUUAAAUCUUUAUGUCAAAUGGCUAGACCCUCGAUUAAUACUAGCAAACAGCUGGUGUGACUUAUGCAAUUCCUUUGGUAAAUUAUGUGUUUCCUGAUUUUAAUAAUAACUCAUAGUUAAAAUAAACUCCUUUAAAUAUUAUCAAAUGCUCAGAUGUUUCCUUAAAUGGAUUUUAUUGCUUUGAUUUUACUCCUAUAAGUAACAAUUAGAAUCAAAUGAAUAUAGGUUUUGAUAAAAAUUAAAUUGGAAACUACAGAUUUGAAAUUAGCAUCGCUUUAUGUAACACUUAGCAGUUUAUUUCUACUUAUAAUUGUGCAAAUACUGCAUAAAUUUAAAGCGAUUUUUUAAAAAUAACAAAUAAACUAACGCUAAAAUUGACCACAUAGAAAUACAACACACAAACAUAGCUUUAUUAACAAUUUACUAAAAAGGAACAAAUAUCAAUCCAAGAUACUUUAACAAAUAUUUUAAAAAUUAAUUUUUUAAAAACAAAUUCUACCAUCUAGUAGGGUUUUAUUACUUAAAAUAAUCAAUAUCAAAAUUAUAUAUCUGAUUAUAAUAAAGAAAAUCUAUACUUUACCUAAUCUGCAGUUUAGUAGCAAAACAAAAACAAUUUGAAUUUGGUAUCAAUAAUACAAAUUUAAAUUGGCAGCUAUGAGUUAAAAUAGAAUAUUCAAUACCCAUAAUUCACAUACAUUCUUGCUUAAUUUAUGAGUGCAUUUAAUGUUAUACUUGUUCUUGGAAUUAUUGCCUAAAUUUCAGCUCAAAGCGAAAUUAUUUAAGACUUUGCAGAAAUUUAAUUUAAGUUUAACUUUAAGCACAAUGCAUGGAAAUAUUUAAUAUCUAAAAAUGAGGGUAAAAUUUAAGAUGCAUCCUUAUCAUAAAAUUUAACAAAAUUGCAUUUUUAAAUUUAAAAUCUAUCAUUUAGGCAAUAUUUAGAUAAAUAUUUAAAUUUAAGCUUCUUUAAAAGGACAAAGCUAUUAUUAAUGAAUAAAUUAUUUGAUAAAGGAGUUACUAAAAAUCCAUAAGAAAAGGUAUUCUAAAAAUUAAUAGAGCAAGCUUCAUAGCAGUUUAGUAUUGUUGAUCUUUAAAAAGAGUUAAUGUAAAUGAAAAUAAUUUUAAAAUUACUUCUCUCACCUGAAUAAUAUGCAGCUAUUCAAUUAUGUGGUUACUUAUUUAAAAAUGAAAAUCAAGAUUUCAAUCAUGAUUAAUCAAAUUAAAGAUUAACAAACAAUGAAAAGUAAAAUUAAUGUAAUCAUUUGAAACAAGACAUAAAAUAACAACAAUAAUAAUAAGACAAGAUAGUAAAAGAGUUACUAAGUUAGGAAGAUAUCAAAAAUGAGCUGGUUAAACUGAAAGCUAUUUAAUAGCCGUAAGUUUAAUUCGAGAAUAAAGAAAAAUAAGAUUAAAAAUCUUUAUCAAAAUAAGAAAAUGGGUUUAUAUCAAACUAAAUUAUAUAAGAAGACAUUUUAAAUGAAAGAAAAGAAAUUAAUUAAAUAGAAAGUAAUAAACUUUCUUUAAAGCUGCAAGAUAAAGUUUAUAAGAAUAGUAUCAUUUAUAAAUAGAAGCAGGAAUCACAAAUCACUGAUGAUUAUAAUAUCAAUAUCGAUGAUAAUAAAAUUGAAUAGAGAAGUGAAAGUAGAAUUGAUAAUCACUUAGAAAUUAUUGAAUAGAUAAAUAAUAAUAUGGAAUAAUUCUAAAUAUUCAUCGAAAAGUUUUUAGAUCAAAGAAACACAAAAUCUGAAAUAGAUAAGAGAAUUUUAAGUUGUAUGGCAGGUAUCCAUAACUAAAUUAUAAAUAAGCACCAAUUGUUUUGA